AUGAACUCCACAGGGGCAGAAAUUUGUGAAGAGUUGCCUCAUGCCGAAACUAGAGAUAUUGUAUUGCCGAAUCAGGUCGAUUAUGCUCCUCAGAUUGCGGUUGACGUAUCUAAAGUCGUUUAUUUCUCGAGAGAACCAAAUUUAUCAUUGGGAGGUCGUUUAAAUUUCACAAAAUUUGAAACUGAAAGAAUAGAUGAAUGCAUUGAUUUUAUUAAAACUCUGUUGGUGGCCAGAAGACCAAAAAAUCAGGAAAUGCAAGAAAAAAUUGUUAUUAAAGCUACUGGUGGUGGUUCAUAUAAAUUUUAUGAUAUUUUCGUUGAGAAAUUGGGUGAUGUAAAGAUAGAAAAGGAAGACGAAAUGGAUUGUUUGAUAACUGGUUUAAAUUUUUUAAUUUCCGAGAUUCCUUACGAGGUAUUCACUUAUAGUGAUAAUGAUCCAAUGCAUUUUGAGGACACAAUUUCUUCAAAUAUGUUUCCUUAUAUGCUCGUUAACAUAGGAUCAGGUGUAAGCAUAUUAAAAGUAACAAGUCAUGAUAAAUUUGAACGUAUUUCUGGUACCUCGUUAGGAGGAGGUACAUUAUGGGGUCUUUUGACAUUAUUAACAGGAGCGACAUCAUUUGAUGGUUAG